AUGGCUACUCAUCAGCUUUUACAGACUAGGCCAAAAAAAAAGUCCUCUAAGGAAUUAGUGUUGUUCCCCAGCAAAAUAGCUACUGAGCAGCAGUCUGUGGUGCUGGUGAAAAGACUUCUGGCCGUCUCUGUAUCCUGUAUAACAUACAUGAGAGGGCUCUUCCCAGAGAGCUCUUACGGAACUCGCUAUUUAGAUGACCUCUGUCUAAAAAUUCUCCGAGAAGAUAAAAGCUGUCUGGGAUCAUUGCAGAUAGUCAAGUGGAUUCAAGGUUGUUUUGAUGCUUUGGAGAGGCAGUAUUUACACAUUGCAGUCCUCGCAAUUUACACCAAUCCCAAGGAACCGGAGACAGUGACUGAACUGUAUCAAUUCAAAUUCAAGUACAAAAAGGAGGUGCCCCAGAUGGACAUCAUCAGCAACCAAAUGAACUCUGUGAAUGGGGUGUGCAGCGAGGACGUUAAACAGGCCAGCAGGCUCCUGAUCCGUAAACUGUACCUGUUAAUGCAAAACCUCGGGCCGCUUCCCAAUGACAUUACCCUGACCAUGAAGCUCCUCUACUACAAUGAUGUAACUCCCAAAGAUUACCAGCCCCCAGGCUUUAAGGAAGAUGGCAGCCCUGGUGACCUGUUGUUUGAUGGCGAUCCUGUCAACCUGAGAGUAGGGUCGGUCUCCACUGGGUUCCACCUCAUCAAAGUGAGAGUGACAACUGAAAAGAAAAGAAUGGGGACGGUUGACAGCAACCUGAUCCAGAAGAACGGCCCUACUGAGAUCUCCCAUCAGGGGUUAGACUGUGAUGAAGAGGAAGAGGAGGGAAGCACAAAGAAUCACCUUCUCCCUGUCAGAGCAGAUUCAAGAGAGGACAAAAGUGACACUCAUCCAGGCUGGAAAAAAGAAGCGUCUUCUUUUUACCUUCAAGAUACAGGUGGAACGAAGAAGAUGGACAGGAUGCCUUGCUCAAGGGCAUCUCAGCAGAUAAACUGCCUGAACCUUGCGUUUAGCCAGGAAGAGGUAAUAGGACCCAAGAAGAAAAGGAAGGUCAGUGAACCAGAGAAGCCGCUUCUGCAAGGCGGGAAGUGA